AUGGAGGACUCCCUGGACGUCACCGUGGCUACCAUUUGCCCCGCCGACUGCCCGGAUGGCGAGGGGGAGGCCACCGUUGAUCUCGUUGUUCAGGACGAGAUGGCCAAGGCCAACGGGUCCAAGGCGAUCGCACAGGGCGAGGUCGCAAAGAUGAACAAGAUGCUGACCUGCUUGAGGAAGCGGAUGAAGGCUGCCCAAGACAUGGGAUCCCUCGCAGAAACACGGGAGCUCCUGGCGGUGAUCCGAGGCGAGACUGCCGCGAAGAUCACGCCAAUCAAGGACAACCAGACUGCGGCCGCUGUGGAUAUGAGUGCGCGCGACGCUGCGCACCACUUGGUGCAGAAGGAGUCACAUUGGUAG